AUGUCAGACGCUUCAAAGUACACGGUUGGUUGGAUAUGCGCCCUCCCUAUUGAGUUUAAUGCAGCGAAGGCCUUUCUAGACGAGCGGCACGAAGACUCUCCUCCUCCUGUCGCACGACACGACAACAACAGCUAUGCACUGGGCAGGAUCGGUAAUCAUAAUGUCGUGAUUGCUGUCCUGCCUGACGGGGAGUAUGGUACCACUUCCGCUGCGGUAGUCGCUCGAGGCAUGCUGCACAGCUUUCCCAACGUGCGUAUUGGGCUCAUGGUCGGCAUCGGCGGCGGCGCACCUAGCUCAAAGCAUGAUGUGCGGCUUGGCGAUAUUGUGGUUAGUAGUUGCAAAGGAGGAAAAGGCGGCGUCUUCCAGUACGACUUUGGCAAGGUUAACCAGAACCGAGAAGUCUCUUUUGAACACAUGGAUUUCUUGGACCAACCACCAACAGCGCUACGGACAGCUGUUAACGCACUCAAAAGCCAAUACGAAAUGAAAGGAUAUCAGCUUAAUACUAAAAUUGAAACGGCAUUGGCAAAGUGGCCUCGGCUGCGGAAAAAGUAUGCACGACCUCCUUUAGAUAGCGACAGGCUCUACCGAUCAAAUGUUCUGCGUCCGACCUCGUCAGACGGAUGCGACAGCGUAUGCAGUAAAGACCUAGCCGACCUUGUAUAUCGUCACGAACGAGACGAUGAUGAUGGUAACCCCGCUAUCCACUAUGGGUUGAUUGCCAGCUCAAACCAAUUAAUGAAAAAUGCUAUUAUUAGGGAUAAGCUAGCAGCAGAGAAGGGCGUUCUUUGCUUCGAAAUGGAGGCCGCCGGUCUAAUGAACCACUUCCCAUGCCUAGUAAUCCGUGGAAUUUGCGAUUAUUCCGACUCCCACAAGAAUAAACAAUGGCAAGGCUUUGCUGCGAUGACAGCUGCGGCGUAUGCAACAGACAUUCUACAUCAAGUUCCGCCUACUAGGGUUGAGGCCGAGAGGCGAAUCAGUGAUGUUCAAGAAGUAUUCGGAGAGAAUAACUUGGCAUUGGACCAAAAAGCUCCAGAUCUCAAGCUUAAGACAGCUGAGUGGUUACGCUCAACGACGUAA